UCGAUAUUUUCAUUGGCGAUGGCGAAAAUUGACAUAGAAAAACCUCGAUGGGAUCAGUCUACCUACUCAGGUCGCGCGCGACACUUUUUCGCGGCUACCAACCCCCUGAAUCUGCUCGCGACGUCGAGCGAUUUGGAAAACGCGAGAAUCAUCGUUGCGAACCACAGAAAUGGCGUAGAGCAGGUAUUGAGCGAAGAUGAACUUUGGAGGGCGAAAUACCUUUACGACGGUGCUUUUCACCCGGAUACCGGUGAGAAAAUGUUUCUACCCGGUCGAAUGAGCGCCCAAGUGCCGGUUAACAUGUUCAUAACGGGUAUGAUGAUGACUUAUUACAAACGGCGAAGUCGGAUAAUAUUCUGGCAGUGGUUCAAUCAGUCGUUCAACGCCCUGGUGAACUACACGAACAGAAGCGGAAGCUCUACCGUUCCCCUGUCAACAUUGGCGAUGAGCUACGUCGUUGCGACAACCGCAGCUCUGUUAACGGCAUUGAAACUAAAUUCUAUGGUAAAAUCCCUUUCUCCGCUAGCGGGUAGACUCGUUCCCUUCGCUUCCGUAGUAGCGGCGAAUUGCAUCAACGUCCCGCUGAUGCGAGUGACGGAGAUACGGGAUGGGAUAGAACUUCGCGACGGUGAUGGAAAGUUGGUCGGUCGUAGCCGCCGAUUCGCGAUCGUAGCUAUUUACAGCGUAGCGGCGUCUAGGAUCUUGAUGGCCGCACCUAGUAUGCUCUCUUCCCCACUUUUAAUGAACUACCUAGAUAAGAGAGGUGCGCUACGUCGUCACCCACGCUACGCGGCCCCCCUUCAGGUUUUGUGGUGCGGAAUAUGUUUGACUUUUGCAACGCCACUGGCCUGUGCUUUGUUCUCGCAGCGAGCCUCCGUGCCGGUUGGAUACUUGGGAGAAAAAGUUGAGAGGGAAGUUAGAAGAAACACGAAUUCAGACAUCGUGUACUAUAAUAAAGGUUUAUGAAAGACUUAGGCCUCGUUUUCCAAGGAUAAUCGGUUUAUCCUUUUCAUUGCCGCGAACAGCGGACGUUCUUCCAGAACUCGACGCACUCGAAACAGGAAAAGGGUAAUCUCUACCUCUACCGCGAGACAAUGGGACACUCUUAUUCCUCCGUCGUCUUCUUCCCCGACUACGUACAUCCGCAAAGCGGAUGUCGAAGGAACA